UCUACUCUCGACUGAAUCGGCUCACCGGCUACUCCCACGUCCGGCGCUGCAUUAUGCUGAGGUACGCUGGCUUUGCCGCAUGGCUCCUGACAAUUUGCUCCAUCUCCAUCGCGGAGUAAUCGCUCGACGGAUCAGUGUAAGGUGAUACUUCCUAAACACGAACAUGCGGCUGUUGCUCCAGACAUUCGUGAUAGAGCAUUAUCUGACUCAGAGCUCCGAGUGCGAGCAGAGCGCACGGAGCCAAGUCGGCGUUUCAGAAGCCGUUAUCCUCAAGUUUCUCGACAAUGGAUUGGCGGCUGAAGCCGGGUUGCCGAUUCGGCCCUCCAGCCCGUCGCCCCCAACCACUCCAGUCUCAUCGCCGCCGUCAUCGAGCCUGAGCGGCUCCUUUCUGGCCACCCGACGGCGGUUCUCGUCGUUCCAAAAGCCCACCGGCCACGACGCGCAUGAAGAUGGAAGUUUGAUGCAGCUGACUCGCGCCGACUCCCAGUGCUGUCUGGCAGAUAUAUGUGUCAUCAAGGGGAUGUACCAGGUCCUGGACGGUCGCGAUAUCAAGGGAGCAUACUAUCUGCGGAAGGCGUGGACCAUUUACUCGCAGCUUUGGCACGAUAUCACCUCAAUUCGACCUCACGACGAGCCAAGCAACCCCCAGCGCCGGCCCGUUGAGCACGUUCGCUUCGACAGAGCCGCCCAGGAGUACUUGCUUUCAUGGGACUCGGUGCGCUCCUCUGUGUCGUGCGGCAUAGGACUCUUCAACAUACUGCUAUCGAUUCUCGGCGAGUCCUUUUCGGUGUCAUUUCGCAACAUCGGAGUGAAUGCCAACGUAGGUGCUGGUCUCGGGUUGAUGAACGAGGCUGUUCAUGGCAAUAGCUUCCGAGCUCCCGUGGCCGCCGUGCUGCUCAUCCAGCACUAUGUAUCCCAUGGACGGAGCAUGUCUCUCGCGACGAACAGGCUCUCGUCUAUCGGUGGUAGCAGCAAAGUCCAAGAGAGCUCCCUCGUUGAUAUGCGUGCCUACCUGGAGAGACGCUUCCCAUCAGGCCCUGUCGUCCAGCACAUGCUCGCUCAACUCGAUCGAUCCCAUGGAAACUGGUCGCAGCAGGUGCCGGUAACUGCUGCACUCGCCCACCAGCAUCCUGGCUUCCAACUGCUCCGGAUCGAGUAUGCCGUGUCGCUGGUCAUCGAAGGCAACUGGGCCGGAGCCGCAGACAUUCUCUCGAGGCUGUGGCGUCAGAGCCAUCAACCUCAGCCAUCGGCGGCAUCCACGCAUACAGAGUCGAUAGGCUUCGUUGAUACAUGGCUACUCGUCGGCAUCCUGUUAUGUGGCUGCCUGUCUAUCACCGAGCUGCUCCAGGACAGUCCCAACGACCGAGGAUCAGACCACGAGGGCAGCCUGGAGCGGCCGAGCCUCGCAGUGGCCUCCAGGCUGUCGGAGCAAUCGCGGGCACUUCAAGGCACUCACCGGUCCCUCAACAACACUCCAGGACGGAGCUAUCGGCUGCAGUGCUUGCAGCACCUCCUGCAGAUCACAAGACAGAUUGAAAACGAGGCCAAGAUUCGCACCGUUUCGCCACUGUGGCUGUUUCUGACACUUUACCUCCGACGAGACCUCGAGUACGCCUGUUCAGAUCCAUCUCGGUCGCCGGCAACCCAAGCACUCUAUGCAGCCGUUAGUCGCCUCAGCACCAAAGCGCGCGAUGCUGCUUCUUCGUCAGGCAGUCUGGAGUUUGUCGCAAUGCACGAAAUUAUCUGGUCGCUUGUGCGCGGCGCCAUCGCCAAGUACAGCAUUCUGCCUUUCACAAUCGCUCAAAUGGCACUGGACCCCAUCGUGAACGCAUCCUCACCCGCGAUCCAGAGUGGCAUUUCGCCGGCUCAGGCAGACAAGCCAUCAGCUCAGAUAGGCGGCAGGUCACCGGUACUCACCGGACGUCCACCAACCCAAAUCCAGCAAACUCUCCAACGUGAGGCUGUGGAGUAUCUCAGCAAGUGCGCCGAGCGCCAAACGCUGCCCACACGAACCGCUGCCAAACCUGACCCACUUGUCACCAUGGCGGCGCUCUUUGCUGAGUUUGAGCUGGGCGAGUAUCUCUGUCUCAUGGGACAGCGCGCCAACGGGGUCUUGCGGCUGCGGGCGUGCUUGAACUCCCGCCUGGUCAGCAAGGAUACCCCGCUGAUUGUCCUGCACCGGAGCGGACUGCCCGAAUGCGUCAUCCACGAUCUUCGGCAGCGCUGUGAGCAAGCGAUUGCCAAACACAGUGAACCCCAUACUUUGCCGACGACCGACACGGCAGCCCGUCCGCAUGGCCAUCGCCCGAGCUGAGACCCUCAACAGCCUCACAAACCAAACCACGUCGCUCUGGAUAUCACAUACCUCGCCCUCGUUGGCAUGCACACAGCAGCAAGCCGCUCGUCCUGCAGGGCCCAUCGCUUGCUUGCUUGCUUGCUUGCACAACCGCGGUCCUCGUCAAGAACAGCACAUCGU